CGCCCCGCACACCCCGACCCCGUUCCCAUCGCGCUGCGGGGCGAGGCGGGGAGCGGGGCCGGAGGUACCACGGGCUGUCUCCUCCCCGAGCCCAAACCCCACCCUCCGCUUCACGCUCGGGGCUAUUUCGGGCGCCGAGCCGCGCUCUGACAGAUGCGCUCCCGUGGCCGCACUUGUUGCGCCGAGCGGCAGCCCAAUCCCGCAGCACCGCUCCGCUCCGCUCCUCUCUUCGUUCCCUGCUGCUAUCGAGUCCCGCUCCCCGCAGACGAUGUUUUAGAAGGGGAGCCCGCCCGACGCGCUGCUGUCUCCGUCCCCGUCCCCAUCGGGAGCUCAGCCCCGCGGUGAGAGAUGUCAGAGCCCGCCGCCGCCAACGGGGACGGGAGGGAGCCCGACAUCGAGCUCUUCGUGAAGGCGGGUAUAGAUGGAGAAAGCAUUGGGAACUGCCCAUUCUCCCAGCGUCUCUUCAUGAUCCUCUGGCUCAAAGGAGUUGUGUUCAACGUCACCACUGUUGACCUGAAAAGAAAGCCAGCUGAUCUACACAACCUGGCUCCCGGAACUCACCCACCGUUCUUAACUUUUAAUGGAGAAGUCAAGACAGAUGUUAACAAGAUUGAGGAAUUCUUGGAAGAGACUCUUGCACCUCCAAAGUAUCCCAAGCUGGCUGCUAAGCACCGGGAAUCAAACACUGCUGGAAUUGAUAUCUUCUCCAAAUUUUCUGCUUACAUCAAAAAUACCAAGCAGCAGGACAAUGCUGCCCUUGAAAGAGGCUUGGUGAAGGCUCUGAAGAAGCUGGAUGACUAUCUGAGAACCCCACUGCCAGAGGAGAUCGAUGCAAACAGCACCGAGGAGGAGAAGGUGUCCAAACGCAAGUUUCUGGAUGGUGACGACCUCACCCUUGCUGACUGCAACCUUCUGCCCAAACUCCAUGUUGUCAAGAUUGUUGCAAAGAAAUACCGCAACUUUGAGUUCCCAACAGAGAUGACGGGGCUGUGGCGGUACCUGAAGAACGCGUACGCCAGGGAUGAAUUCACUAACACCUGUGCUGCAGACAAAGAAAUUGAGCAAGCCUACGCGGAUGUGGCCAAGCGGCUCAGCAAGUCCUAACUGACCCCAGCAGUGGCUCGGCAUCCCUGCCAGAUUCCUGUUUUACAGACUCUUUCUCCUUGUUGCCUUAAGAUACACUUUAUCGUUAUGCUAUCUGGUUGGCAUCCUUAUGACUUCUCCUGUUCAAGAGUAUUGGUCAGGGACAAACCUGCUUCUCCCUGGAGGAAGGAGAAGGCAGCUCUAGUGUAGGAGGUGGAGACCCUUUGAAAUCUGAACCUAGGAUCUGACACGACUAGUAUUACUCAUAAUCAGUAUUGGAAAUGACUCCGCUGUAUUAGUUUCUUGUUUUGUGUUGGGGUAUAUCACCACCUGUUUUCUUUGGAGUUUCAACAAUAGGAUGUUAGCUUAAAUUUCAAGCAAGUCAGUUAGGAACACAUAGAACUGCUUCUUCUGCUGGUUAUUUCACGGAUGCUUUGUUUUUCCAUUGCUAUUGAGAUCCGUGAGGGAGGAACAAAAUUUGUGAGAGAGGGGAAAGGAAAGAGUUUGGCCCUAGAGGAGUAAUGCUCUUAGCAGUUAUAUUUUUAAACAUCUCUGAAUGAAUUUUCUGUCUUAGAAGGCCCAAGUGUUUGUAGGACAUUUAUUUUUAACUUGGCGCAAGAGGGGAAAGCCUAAGCAAGUAUGUCAGACUUGCAGAUGCUACUUUGCAUAAAAUUUGCAUGACGCUGCUGGAUCUAGAGGCGUAAAGCGAAAGAGAGUGAAUGGGCAAUUGAGCAGGCAGCCCUUGGAAGAGUGGUGCUAAUGCCAAAAUGCCUGGUGGAUCUGAUAGUUGGGAGAGACAUCAAUGACGGGGCAAUGCAUUGCGUCAAGCCCACAGCCAGAACUGGCACAACUAACCAAACCAUGCACAACUAACCAAACCAUGCAGAACGUUGUCAUCUUGGCUGCAUGGCUGCCAGUUCCUUUCUGCUGCUAUCUUGGGAAGCGUGGCUAGGCAGGAGCAAGCUGGUGUGCAUUUGAAUCCCAUGCAGGGGAAGCACUUUCCUCACUUUGGGCUCCGGAUGGGUCACCUUCAAGCGGCCAUCAUUCUGCCCAGGAGCAGUGUGCCCUGCGAAGGGGACAGGCUGAGACAGAGAGACCCAUUUCCAGCCUGAAAGCUGGUGAGCAGGCUAGGAGGAAGCCUGCAUGCUGCCUUAGUCCUGCUCCUCUGAGGUUCACCAAUCCAGGUUAAGUGAUUCAGGAUUCUUUUCUGAAACCGAUUAUUUCAUUCUAUCCGGAACAUCUGCCUGACACAAUUUGCUUUAAAGCAGUGAUCAUGUGCACAUUACUUUAGUAAAUCCAGAAUGACAGCUCUUUUGCAUAAAACUCACAUGUACGAUGGUGUGCGUGGCUCUCAGAUUUCAGUCUGGGACUAUCUGAAGACAAACGAAAGCUGAGCUCUCGGCUGGCAUGGUGCUCAGGGCUGAGGAGAGCUGCCCUGAUUGAGGGGAGCCCCGGGGCAGGGGGCUGAGGCUGGGGGAACCCUGCAGAGAGUUGUCUGCAGCCUGAGAGCCAAGAGAUGGAUCCACAGCCACCUCUGUGUGACCCUGAUGAAUAUCUGAUGGGAAUUUUCCCCUUUUUACGCUCACCCAGCUGGGAGCAGGACAGGGUUUAGUUUGUUGUUGACUGUUGUUUCGCACGCCGUGAUCAGUUUGUUUCGAGCUUUCCAAAACCUCCGAACUCUCAGGCCUUCCCCUGGAAGGGGCUAUGUUAGCAGUGGCCGGACUGGGGGGCAAAGGCUGCACGAAAUCAGCUGGCUCGGAGGGCGCUGAUAGCGGCCAGCAAAGCCUCGGGAGCUUAGAAGUGUCUGGACAGGCACAUGUGGCUCGUUUAAAAAAAAAACACUUCUUCGUGAGUUUUGGAAUUACUUGUGGGUUUUUUUUGUUUUUUUUUUUUUUUAAUUUUAGAUCGAGGCGAUUAUUUAUUUAUUUAUUUUGGUCCGCUCGGUCCUUUCUGCCCGCCUUUCGCUUUUGGUUUGCGCUCAGCGACACUGCUCAGGAUGGCAUUAGCAGCACCGUGUGAGCUCUUUCUUUAGGGAGAACUCUGAUGUCUGAUGAUCAGCCCCGGGGCUGGGUUUUGGCUGGCAGCACAACUUGGCCAGGAGCAGCCUGAACAACACAGCCCGCAGCUUCUUGCCCUUGCUGUUGGCCAGGUUUGCACGCAGCUGGUGGCAUUGUGGCAGUGAUCUUGGAAUGAAGGCGCAGAGGCAGAUGCAGCUCUUGCUCUGUGCUCACUUGCAGUGAGCUCCUUACAGAAGACAGUGCUCACCUGCAGCUGAGCAGGGUGAGUGAGGCAGUCAGGGCCUGCCCUGAUUUCGGCCAUCUCUGAGCCUUCAUUCCUGAGUCCCGUGCAUCUAUCUUACUUUGUCUUUGCUAGAAGAGGGCCAAAUCACCAUCGGUUGGUCUCAGCAGACCUCAGAUUGCAUCUGUGUUUUAAAAAAUGAUGUUUAAAAAUGGGUGGGCUCAUACCCAAAGGUAAACGAGCUGUUGGCGCAAUGAGCUUUCUGUUAGAUGUUCUUAAAAUCUUUUUUGGGUUUGAGUAUAAAACUGAAAAGCCCCAAGCUACCUUCCUUUUAAUUAGCAGCGCAAAAUCAAAAUAUGUAUUUAUCAGUGUAUUUCCUAGCAACACUGCAAAAAAAAAAAAAAAAAAAAAAUCUGGACAAAAUGUAUUGAUAGAUAUGAGAAAGAAAAAGAGGAAAAAAUGAAACUAGUUUCCCAUGAGCUGCAGUGCCCAUUCUGGGGAAUCCACGUCUUGCUCUGCAUCCUAACUGUGCAUUUUGUUCAUCACUCUGUUAUAGGCUGAUCCGAGAUCGUGGACAGGUUUGAGCAUUGCCUGACCAUUGGGUUUGCAGACCAGGCUCAUGCUGUCAGGUCUGUAACUUCUGCUCACCUUUGUGCUUUUUGGCUUCAGCCAUAGGCAGAAGCAGGAAGCACUGGAAAUCCUACAUAGAAAAGUUUCAGUUUGAGUCCUAUGUACUGAGUUUGAGCUCAGCACUCGUGACUCAAGAUCCAUCACCAGUGAGAUUUUAAGGGGCUCCAGACUCCUUCAGGCAGGGUAUUUUUGGUGACCUUCCAUUGUAUUUAGAAUUAUAAGUAAUAAAUAUUAAUCAUACAGGAUUGUAUGUCUACAUUGGCAAGGCAGAAUUUCUGAAAAGAAUCUAAGUGACAAGACAGACACUGCAGAUUUACAAUAACUUUGUUCAUAAAUUUUUUGCAAGAUGUAAAGAAAGACAUAGUGCAGAGGGGGAAGAAGCCAACAAUGUGGAUUUAAUCAUCUACAUUUCAGAAAUGCAGACCAAAUGUCUGUAAAGAUGUCCAUUUCAUCCAAACAUUUCUUAGAUAUUUAUUUCAAAGCCCCCUGUUCAGUCAAUCCAACACUCCAUUCAUAUUGGAAGUAAUAUUGAUUUUUCUUCUAUUACCAGUGAUAUGGGAGUGUUAAAGGAUCCCAUAUACAAGUUACUCUUGUUUUUUGUUAGACUUUUUCAGUUGCCAAGAGGUCAUCUUGCUAUGCAGGUAAGACCAAAGGAGCAUCUGUUUCAGAGCUGCUUAAAAGAAGGCUUCCGACAAACGUUUUUUUUUUUCACCAGAAAUAAUCUUGUAAAGGUAUUUCUUUAUCAGGAGUGGUGUGGAAUAUUGAGCUAUGGGUUACAAGCUCUUCUCCUAUGUUUGCAUCAGCUGAAAACCACUGCUGGGGAGGAGUUACGGCCUGUAUUGCAAAGAAGCUGGACAUCUUUGUUUCCUGCCGUGUUGUGCAGAGCGGUAAUUUUGACUAUGUAUUUAUUUUAUUUUGACCCCCAGCCAGCUUUCUUCGUCCCUUGUCCCUGCAGAAAGUCAGCUCCAGGUUACCCAUAACCAGUCUUCCAUUCUUUGGUGCUGACUCAGCAGAGUGCCCAAGGAUGGGCACACAGAGAAGGGUGUUUUAGAGCAACCCAUCCACCUGGUGGGAUGGCCCCCAAAGGCCAACGCUUCCAGCAGUGAUCCCACCACUGUCCCAGCAGCAAAAGGGAGAAGCAAAGGGAGUCCCCGUUUCUGAACUGACCACAUUUGGCUCCAAACUGCUGAGUUUGGAGUAUUGCUAAAAUGUAGACAUUGGAAAUCUCACUCAUUUAAAACUCUAUGGGCCCACGGAAGCACUUUGUAAAACGAAUUGGUGUUUUAAACAGGGGAAUAAACCCAAAGCCCUAUGUCCUCCUUCACUUGUAUUCUUUUAGGCACUGGGAGGUUUGCAGUUGUUUAUUACUCUGCUACAUAUGUUCUUGAAUAGCUUUUCAUAUUAAGAAAUAUUUUCCAGUAAGAUUUUUGCCUUUCUACUCAAUCUUUCAUCUCUUCAUUAAUUUUGAUGUCUGUGAUGACCAAAUGAUUCCAGAGGAGGCAGGAGAGCAGGGAGGCUCGUACUUGUUGAGAAGUUGAAGGAGGUAAUGAUUUUUUGGAGAAAACAGCAUUCAAAGCAUUUUUUUAACAAUUUGUUUUUCAUCUGGGAUCCUUUAACCAAAAGUGAUGGUCUGUUUAGUCUGGGCUGUGAUUUUCAGCCGGGACCUGGAAAAGUCACCAUGUUCAAGAUGGCUUUGCUGAGGGAUUUCCCCUGGAUACAGAGGGAUCUUCCCUCUUGGUCACAAAAUGUCUCAUUUCCUCGGUCAGGAUCUUCUGGUCUGUGUUGGUGCUAAAAUACCACACUCCAUUAACUUUGUGCUGGGCAGCGAAAACAGGGGUCCUAACACCUCCUCUCCUCUUCUGUGUCAUGUGCAGGGAAAGAAGAAAGCACUGAUCUGUUUUACAUCCUUGUCUCACAUCCCAAGCAACACUCCAGCCCUGGGGGAGCGCAGGGCCCUGUCCAACAUUGGUUUCCAAACCCUGAAGACCCCCACAUCCCUCUCCAGGUAGCGUUUCAGAGCCCACAGCAGUCUCGCAGCAGGUGAUGGCUGCACUGCUGGGGGUCGACCACCCCCGCCCAGGGGUCCCCGCUGGUGUCACAGCGUUUGAUGGGAAAUGCCGAUGUGGGCGCUGCGAUGCUCUCGGCCGGUGGUGCUUCACCAUGAGCAGAGCUGUCAGUGCCACCUCUUGCUGCCCCAGCUCGAUGCCAUCCAGUGCUAAUGAGCACAUCUUGCUUGCAGCAUGUGAGCGGGGCCCACUCGCGUGUUUAGCACUGAACGAGUGCCUGGAAGUCAUGGCAGGAAAGCCUCUAUCAAUGAAGCUGUUAUUCUUCUGUUUCCUUUGAAAUCUAGUGGCAGAAUUCCCAGUGGUGGAAUUCCCCAUAGGAGUUCCCAGUAGAGCCCAAGGCUACGCCAGCACAAAGCUGUUUGAGGCGUGAAGAUGUCCUUGGAGAACAGCAAACACUCAGAGAACCAUGGAAGCAGCCACAAUACAUGGAGUCUCACCACAGAAGUGGCACCAAAGACCCCAUUCUGUCCCAGUUGUAACUGGGGGACACCACCAGUGCUGCCAGAACCAUGCUGGUGGAGCCCCAGGUUUUUAGGGCAGAGCCCCGCUGGUAGUGCAAUGCCAAGCAUAGCAGGAGUGAACAGCCCCCAGUUCCCAGAGUUGCUCGUGUGUCACAGCAUCAUUUCAGCCCGUUCUGCUGUACUGUUGCUCGUUCCCUAUCUCUCUGGUUCUAUAAUCUGAAAAAUAAAAUUUGGGUAAUAGCUAUGGGCACCACAUUCAUCUUUUUUCACCAUUUUUUCCCCCCCCAUCAAAUUAUUCCCUUUAGUUAGGAUGUAUAUGGCAGGCAAGGAGCGUUUCCAAACAGCAGAUUUCUCAACUUUUUUAUUAAGGAAUUUUUUAAGAGCUUUUGGGAAAUGAGAGGUUAUCCCCAUCUUUAGGAAUAAACUGUAGUAUAGAACAUAUAUAGAAGUCUGAUUCUGACUGAAUGGUUUAAGCAAGGUAGAAUACAGUUCAUUUUAAGGAGUCUUCUUAGGACUAAGCAAGCAGAAUAAUCCACACUUUGCAGUAGAAACUUAAAAUUUGGUUCAAGUCUCAGUUUUUUGUUGGUUGUUUUGGUGGGUUUUUUUUGGAUUACUGGCUGCACAACACUUUUCUUAGAAUCACAGAAUCAUAGAAUAUCCCAGGUUGGAAGGGACCCAUAAGGAUCAUUGAGUCCUACUCCAAGAAACGGUAUCUACAUUACAUAUACAUACAGUAUGGGCAUUUUAUUAAGAGGAAUGCCCCUCCCUGGAAACAUUCAAGGCCAGGCUGGAUGGGGCUGUGAGCAACCCGGUCUAGAGGGAGGUGUCCCUGCCUACAGCAGGGGGUUUGGCUCUACAUGAUCUUAAAGAUCUCUUCCAACCCAACCCAUUCUAUGAUUCUAUGAUUCUAUUAUGUAAUGGCAUUAUUUAAUUAAUUCAAUAGCUCUGUAGGAGUGUGUUGGGAUGGAAGGCAGCACAAAGUGAGCUGCUCCUGAAACGUUGCUGUUGUUGGCUGAGCCCUUGGGUUUGUGCAAUAAACACGAGCAGUGCCACUUGCAUCCCUCACUGCGUCGCGCUGCCAGGAAUGGGGCUUUGUCCGCACUGGGAAAUCAGGGUGAAAAAAACCUGUCCCCAACCCUCCUUCCUAGUACAAUACUGACUGCUUGUGCACGUGGCUGUGUGUUCAGACCUCGUGAAGCCGUUCCCAACAGCUGCUGGCUUUGCUUUCAGGGGAGCAGAUCCUCAUCUGCACAAAUCCUUACAGCGAUCCUCCUAUCCCUUUUUCUCCCCCCAUAAAUUUUAUUUUUUUUAAGAGUCCUGCUCUGUACUGCCUAGCAAGUUCUGAUCCACCGAUUGACAGAUUUAUCUUUCUCGUCUGACUGUUUCCAAUUCCAAAGCCUGAAGAUCAAAACCAAGUUGCAUAGUGAGAUUUGAGGGUGAGCAGAAAUGCUGUUUUGUUUUUCCUCAGAUACCACUCAGUUCCAAAUCCUGACUCACCUAGGGCACAGUCCUGGUUAGUGAGAGGAGUCUGAGGCUGAAGGAGAGGAAGAGGAGCCCACUGCACGUGCUGCUGUCUCCUCCACUGAGGGAGGAGGAGGAACCAGUCUGGGAAUCCUAAGAGGUGUAUGGACAAGUUUUCCAUCUUGUGUGUGAAAUCAGUCCGUGCAGGGACAUGAGUGGUCCCAAACUGACCCAGAGCUGCUUAAAAAUAUCAAUGAUAUUAAAAAGCUAAAGUUGGGAUGGAGUAACAGCCCCAGGGCAUGGAACAGACAAAAAGUAAUUCAAAGAUGCUCCAAUAUUUUAGCUGUCAGCCCAGACCCAUCUUCAGGGCUGACAGCUAAAAUAUUGGAGCAUCUUUGUCAGCCCAGACCCAUCUUCAGGGCUGGAUUUCUUCCACCAAAAUAUCAUUAGUCUCAUAAACACCUAAUUGUUGUUGGGGUCUGCCAAUCUGCUGGGGGAAAGCAAAAUCAGGGGCUCCUAAAGACUGAUUCUUAAGUUGGAUCUGGUGAGCUUCAAAGUCAUCUAUUUGUCAACAACUCUUUGAUAGCGGUUGGCUGUGGAAAGUGACCGUGGAUGUGAGGGUCUCCAUCAGGCCAGGCAGGUAAUUAAUCCCUUCUCAUACCCCUCAUUUUCCACCGAGGCACAUCCUAAGGGACAAUUUUAGGUCGGACUGUACCCUUUGCAGUGGAACACUAUAUUUCCACUCUGUGUGUACAGCUCCUAGUGCGACAGGACUCCAAUUAGGGCCUUUGUGUGCUGCUCUAACACUCAGAAUAUAUCAUAGGAAUAAUGUAAUUAAAAUGUCCUUGCAGUUUGCCUUUAGCAUUAAUGAUUGCGUGGCUGUACUCUGUCACCUGUGAAUAAAGUCAAUGUCCUUUUUGUAUCAUAGGUAGUAUAUUUUAUUAUUGAAGAAACAGUUUAAUUUUUAAAAUUAAAUUAAAAAAUAUCUGCUUAUUGUUUCAUUUUAAGCCUAAAUAAGCAAAUAUUUCUUUUGUAGCCUUCAAAUGAGUAUGUGUUAAAUGAAGAAAUCCACCUUCCUGAAUAGGAGCUGUUUAUAGUCCGAUAUUCCGGGAGUGAUUAACACUUGGUAACUUGAAUAAAAGUGGUUUAUUUUCUCA